UGAACCCCAGUAGGAGCAGCAGCCAGGAGAGGACGACUUUGCCUGACCUCGUUUGCGCUUUGAAUAUGUUCAAAUCCGUCAAGUUUUGCUCUCCAGAAUCUUCGAACUCAUGGUGAAGAGAAAGAAGACACCGUCUGCUUCCGAAGAGCUGGAAAAUGGAAUGACAGUGGGCCAAGGGGGCGGUUCGGGAGUCGAGGGGCCGAGCAAUCCGGCCCGAAAGCCCGAAGGAGACGAGGAUGGAGAAAGCGCAGAUCAGACGAGCGAGGAGACGAGUACAAAGAGAGUCGGAGAGGAAACACUUAAUCCAGCCAGCACGACCAGCCCUGAUUCGGCUCCCACUAUUUUGACCCAAACAUCAAGCCCACCCGGAGCCCAGGUGAACCCGACAGCCCUCUCAUCAGCCCUACCCGUCCCGAACAACCAGGACCAGCAUCAUUUUCUCCGCUCCAGCGUGCGACCUCCGAGCAAGCGGAUACGGAAAGAUGCCGCGUCCCCGGCGCUGAACGGUCACGGUGGUGCGAAAGCGAAAGGUGCAGAAACGGGUCCCUCUGUUUGUGUGACAACCGCUGUGAGUUCCACAGGAGGAUCUGGGACAAGUGGGACAUCCAAGUCGACCACAAAGGGCCAGGGCCCUGCAGAGAAGGAGGAAGGGGGAAGUCAGAAACGUGUGCGCAGACAGUGGGAGUCCUGGAGUACUGAGGACAAGAACAGUUUUUUUGAAGGACUUUAUGAGAAUGGGAAGGAUUUUGAGGCUAUUCAGAAUAAUAUUGCCCUUAAAUAUAAAAAGAAAGGUAAACCAGCCAGUAUGGUGAAGAACAAGGAGCAGGUACGCCAUUUCUACUACAGGACCUGGCACAAGAUCUCAAAACACAUUGAUUUCAACAAUGUGUAUUCACGUGUUCUGAAAAAGUCUUCUCAGGAGCUGUAUGGCCUCAUCUGCUAUGCUGAACUCAGGAAGAAGGUUGGAGGCUUGAUGGAUGACAAAAAUGUGGCCAAACUAAAUGAGCUUAUCCAGCAGGGAGCCACAACGGUGCGUUCCAAAGGCAGAAACCUGAGGAUCAAAGCUCCCAUGUGCCGUGCACUGAAGAAACUCUGUGACCCAGAUGGUGUGAGUGAUGAGGAGGAUCAGAAGCCUGUGCGUUUACCUCUGAAGGUCGCUAUGGAGCUUCAACCACGGAGUAACCACUCCUGGGCACGGGUUCAGAGUCUAGCCCAUAAUCCUCGGCUCAGAAUGGUCGUUGAACUGCACCGGAAAGUUUCCAGCCUCAUUGAAUUCCUGAAGCAAAAGUGGGCUGUGCAGGAUCAACGAAUUCGCAAGAGCCUUGCAGAACGAGAAGCUCUGGAUGGCCUGGCCCAGUCUAGUGAGUCAGAGGACCUGUUUCUGUUUCCGGCAGAGAAUAGCACAAUAACCACUUUACCAGGUGUGGCUCGUGUAGUACACUCAAAGGCCUCUUGCACGGUACACUGGCAGGAAAGUGGGCGUGGCCGGACAGGUAUCAGGGACUUGCCCGCUGCUCACAUUUUGGGUAUUCAGCCUGCUAGAGGGAAAUCAGGCAAGUCUGGCCCAGUAGGAGCAGACCCAAAAAGAUGUGAUGGACAUCCCGUUGAAUGUUCGGAUAGCAGCAUUUCAGCUCCAGGGUUGGAGAACAGUGUAAAUCUGGCACUUAGCACUAACUCUCCAUCUGUAAGUCCAGUUAGCCCAACCCUCACUUCCACACUCCUUAUUGGACAGGAGGGAAGUGGGGCAGGGACUGUGGACCAAGAAAUAGUGAGUCAGACUCUGACAGAUACUAGUGGGCAGGAAAAAGAAAUUGUCACUCAGGGAGACCAUGCCCCUACAGAAAACAGGACAGAGGAACCUGGAACAGCUGUGGGGGUUACAUCAGAAAAGGGCCCGCCACAAUCUGAACCUGCUGGGAGUAGUGAGGAGGUAGGUGGGACUGGACGAUCUCCUCAGCAAAUCAGAGAAGAGGGCUGGAGCUCACAGGGCUCUGAGAAUGUGACACUGGCAGAACUCUACCUCAUGUUGGGCAAGCCUGGGAAACUACAGUUAGAGUAUGAAUGGCAGCCGAGUUCCCGCCCCUCAGCCCUGUCCACCUCUCAAAGUGUGUUUCGGUGUCUCCUGAGACUGGUGUCUUCAGAGGUCAACCCCAAACCAACUCCAGACGUGUGUUCAGUGGGGACUUCACCAUUUAAGUCAGGACAGGAGGAAUCAUCUGGAACUCCUCCAGGCAGAACACCAGCUGGGGCGACUCGCAGCCCAAGCUGGGGCCGACAGCAACAUGCAGCACGCUCUAAAAUUCUUCUGAAUAAUUCAGGUGGGAGAAACCUACCGCGUUCUCUGCUGGCCUCCGGAGGUGACAGCGAAGGGUUUGCUGUCCCGACGACCCUGCCUCCUAACAGCUCCCGCCAGCUGCGGAUGUUCUCUCCUAAUAAGGAGGCGGAGCUAGCCUUUCGCCAGCAGCUGGACUCCAUCAGUUCGGAUAUAUUUUCUAAGCAACGGAAAAUCGGGAGGGGGCGUCCACUGAGAAAACCUCUUGUGGUCCAGAGAACACUGCUGCCACGAACAACUGGAGACACUUCACCACAUGUGUGCUCCUUCUCUAUUCUCUCCAAUUCAUCUGCUACAGGCACAGGUUCUUUUCGUCCAAUAAACACUCGUCUUGCCCCAACAAACCGCCAGCUCUCUUCUAAAGCUCCGUCCACUGCAGCUAGUCCUGUGACCACCAGUCAGCUGUCCAGUGCAAUUGACCUGGCUGCAAAAUCUGCAGGCAUUAUCCCUGCCAGCCCCUGUCGAGAAAUGGAGACCCCUAGCAUUGAUAAGUCCAUUGUGGACUCUAAAGAGGCCAUGGACUCAGAACCUGCUGCACCUGAGCUAGAGCCUGAUGUACUUGAUCAGGAGCUCUCUGAGGGAUCUCUGCAGAAUGGUGUCUCUCCACCAUCUCCAGGGGGUGAAGACUCCCUCUUGGCCCCUCCCAGCGUUGCCUCCUUAUUGGACAUAUCUCUUCCGGGACCCCCAGAGGAGUCUCUCCCUUCUGGAGAGCAACAGACCCACAUCAGUGACUCUAUUAUCGAGCUCGCCAUCAACUCGCACUAUGGUGAUGGAUCAUUGCUCUCACCUCCUAAGCUCAAUGGGAGUGAUAGAUCUAAGCUCCUCCCCUCACCAUGUCACAGUUGGAUGCCCUCCCCCACACACGACCCUCAGUGGUACCCAAACGACUCUACUGAUUCCAGUCUUGGCUGCCUGCUCUCAAGUCUGGCAUCUCCUGAUAAGACAAGAAGGACAGCCCUCCCCCCCUCAAGCAGUACAGCCUUACUUGGACCCAGUCUGCUGGACAGCAACUCGCAUGAUUGUUUUCAGUCCCGUGGCCUGCCUGAUGCAGCCGAGGUGGAUACCCAACUGGCCUGUAUGAUGAGUGAGAGCAGCGUUGACUACAUCGCCCGAUUCAAUGACCUUGCACAGGAGCUCUCUGUCACAGAAACGACCCUCCCACCUCCCUAAGGGAUGGAUGCUCAUGGAGCUGCAUUAUCUCAAAUGUGGACUGCCUGAACCAAAGAAUGUUAACCAGAGCAACAGACUAUGUGGUUCAGCUGUAUGAAGUGCAAUAGACUGCCAGGAUUCACAAAUGUGGAUUUGUCAAUGAGAGAAUGUGCGGUAUGUGCAUGGUUGUAAUGAUGUGCCUGUUGUGUUAUGAGACACAUUCAGGACAUUUAAACAAGCAAACAAACAAAACUCCAGUUUACAAUGCAACCUCAUGUACAGACAAACCUGCCAUAUCUGAACAUAUAUCUUCUGUCUUCUCAUCUGUAUAUGUCUGUUAAUUUGUCAUUGUCUUACUUUUUGUAUGCGUGCAUGUGCAUGCAUAUGUAAGUAGAGUCAAGGAUGACAGUCUUGUGUGUUUUGUCUUUAACUUUUUUCUAUUGUACUCAGUACAUCUGUCUUUUUAACCUUUUGGAAAAGCAACAGGAAUGUAUCUGUGUGCGUGCUUGUGCGCACACCUUCCAUGCAUAAGGCGUGUUUUACUCUGACCUCAAUAGGGACAUUGGGUUAUUUUCAUUUUAAUGUUUUUUUGAUGGUAAAAACCACUCUACUAUAUGGAACCGAUGUCAAGGGCUUUUUGUGAGAUUAAUAGAAGAACUGAAUACAUAUUUGACACACUAAAAUUUGAACGAUGACACAAAUGCAGUAAUGCAUCGAAAGCAAGAUCAAACCUCUCCCCACACAACACUAGGUUUUGGUUUCCUGCCUAAUGAAUAUUAAGCCAAUAAGUGGAGGAUUCUCAAACAGGGUCUCUGAAAUGAGACUAUACAUUUACUUCUCUGUAUGAGUGUGUAUGUGUGUAUAUAUGUGAGUGUUUGCACAGAUGUAAAUAGACAAUAACAUAUCCCAGUAUUUACUGCUUUUGUAACAUAUUGUAAAUUAUAAUAAUUUGGUUUAUUUAUUGAAAAAUCACUGAGACAGUGUUUUUGUUUAACAUGCCACAAGCAGGCAUAAAGAGCUUCUCCUUUGUUUUAAAUAUUUCUGUAUUUGUUAUGUGUAUAAAUAGAGCUACGAUAAACUCCUCUGUG